UCGACGAUCUGGUCGGGGGUAUUUUUGUUGGAUUUCUCCCGUUUUCCCUGCCCGAUUUGACUUACACCGAGUAUCGCCCCUUGCCCCAUGGCGAUCGCGUCACGCGACCGGUGAAAACCAGUGCAUCGUCUUUUCCACGUGCCCACGACCACGCCGUUGCUCCGCCUCUGCCGUCAGCUCUCUUGCCAUCUCGUAGUCAUGAUCCCAAUCGAAUGACGAUUUUUUGAGACCGGUUUGAUGCCCAUAUCAUGCCGGCGGCGUCGAUGGGAGUUUCCCGGAGAUGUGUCGCGAUGGAAGCUAUUCACAUUUGACCAGUGUCAUCGCAGAGGAACGACUGCCACCACUUCCGGCGCGUUCCCGAUCACAAAAACACGUGCAUCGAGUUUUUGAUGACUCUCGAUCCAUAUUGCUCACUUUUUUUUUCUCGGUCCAUCAUGAGCCUGUUUGCGGCGUGGCUGCGACUUCAAGUAUGACGCAUGUCUGCCCAAGGUGGAGGAGAACACGUGUAUGCCGGUCGCCGCCUAUCGACUCGUGCCUACGGACACGUCGCCAACAGCCUGAAACAGACUUUAGCUCGACGAAAGAAAUGUCCGUCACGAUUGGGAUGAUGGAUUUGUUGGAUUUCGAGGUAUCAGAAAUAACUCUCAUGGCAAAACUCCGACCCGGCCUUACUGGAAGCGCUGCAACUGUAAACGAGGAAAGGCUGCAUGUCACGUGGUGCCGGUCUCCCAUGCGCAGCAACUCGAUGACUGAUAGGCACUUCUAAGCAUCGCAGUCAGCUGCGUAGUGUUUCCCUCUUACUGAGGGGAGCAUUUAUCCGGCGAAGACAAAAGUCAUACCAGAGGCAUUGUUUCUGUAGCCGUGGUGCUCCUGGACUGUAGCAUGGCUAGACACACACAUUGUAGACCCAGGCCAACGGAGAACAGCGAGGUCCAAAUCAAGGCCACGUAUGCGAUGCUGCGGGCAACUCGGCCACUCCCCAGAUAUGGGAUUUUGUAGAGAUGUAUCAUAAACAGCAUCAUCAAUCAGGACAGGUGAAUAUCAAAGGCUCGGGAUAUCUGGUCGUCAGCGUGGUGUGUCGAGCAGCUCAUGUCAGGGCUGUGCUUUGUUUUGACCUGGCGACGCGUGUGCCCGAGCCCCCUUUUCGCAGCGAAACACACCCAGGGCCAACCUCACACGACACGGGCAGGGAAACUCCAG